AUGCUCGUAUUUCUUACAGUUUUGUUUCUACUGGCAGGUAACAGCGACGCUUUACAAUGUUUGACGAACUGUUCACUCGGUAAGUAUAGGUUUAAUACACCACUCGUCGCUGAUAACAAGGAAUGCCAGCAACGUGUUUCUGCAUCGAAAUGUUCCGUCAAUGUGGAGUUUUUUUAUCAUUCUAAGACGUACGAAGUUACUCAUGAGUAUAAUUCCAAUUCGCGAGAUUUCAUCUACAUUACUAUGCAGCCGACUCUAUCCUAUGAUAUUCGAAUUACUACAAUGACCUCCCAGUACUACGACAUUUCUCGUCUCCAUGCCCAACUGGCACCACUGAUCGAGAAUUCUUCUACAAGCAACUCUAUCCAAUGUUACAAUAUGAAAAAUGCCAUCGUUUUAUGUGCACCACGCGAAGUCUGUAACGUGGAUUAUAAUCCGCGAGAUCACAGAGCGAGAUCACGAGGCUGUAAAUAUCUCAGUAUACCUGUGGUAAUGGUUUAUGACAGCGAAACGUAUACAUCUUUCGAUAUUACUUGCAAUCGUAAUUUAUGCAAUGGCGACACAACAUUGUCCGAAGUCAAAAGAAUACUUGCUGAACAUGGUUUAACUGAUUCUAGUGGUCGACGAAUUGCUGCAGGAACUAAGGAGAUGGCUUCUGUUUUUCUGCUACUAAUCACUUCGAUAUUUGUCCUGUCUUUUUAUUUUUAA